CUCAAUAAAGUUUUGUAAAGAAAAAAUACGUAAAGACAGACUUUUUUAUCCUGGCUCUGUUGUAGGCUGUGAUGUGAAUUGGAUUUAAACAUGUGACAUGAACUGAGAGCCUUGGCCUUCCAUUUGAUCCCUCAAUCUUGGUGUUGGCCAACUAUAAAGGGCGUCGCAACCCGACCGCAGCUUCCACAUGAGGUUACACUCACAUUUGAAAGUGGAAUUUAUGGAACCAGCAAAUUUAAAACAAUAAUCUGAUCAUGUACCUUGCCAGCCCGUGAAUAUAGUGGGUGAAGUGAAUAGAUCUGAAGGCAGUCACAACAUGUAUGUUUUAGAAUAAUUUGCCUUUGGAUUUAUGUCUCUACAAUUUAUAAAUGGUUAUCGAUCAUUACCAUGACAUUCCGUUAAAUGGCCUUAAUUCUAUUUUUUUGUUUCAAAACUGGACAUGCAAUAAGAUAGCAGCACGCUGCAGAGAAUCGUAUUUUUUUUUCAAGAUAAUGUGAGAAGAUCUUUAGAUCAAACUCUUAAACACGCACCGGGUAAGAGGACGAGUUUUGUAUUUAAACGAACACGAAAAAGUACUUCGUUCGUCCUGCUAACGGUUCACAAAAAGAUGUUUGUGUUUUUAGUUUUCUACACCAAAACCCGAUCAGAACUUGCUCAUCCAAAUCUUCCAUGACAUGUCAUCAUCGUAAAUUUUAACCUUAACGUUAUAAAUAUGUAUACAUGUAUUUGGCAACUGCUUGUAUGAAAAUAACUUCUUUGUCAUACUUUCCGGCUGAUUGGUAAUGUAAAAUAGAACGCCUUUCAUAUUUUCCCAUCCGUGUACCAAGUUUACGUGGUUUACACAGCAGCCCUCGAUGUCAAGUGGCCUCGCACGUUUUUGUGCCUCUUACAAAGACUUUCGGUUUUCAAAGGGACUUUGAAUAUUUUCAUGGGACAGUGCACUGGCACAAUCUCGCGGUUCUGACCCGGCAUUCUGUCAAGACACACCUAAUACGGACGCACGCUCCGCGCGCAGGUCGAUUCUACUGAGUGGAUACUCAUCACUGCGACCACGCUCGUUUCACCUACGUGUGCUGUCCCAAAAACCACUAGGACCCACCCGGAGAAAGGACCACUUCUCGGCCAUCAAUUACUGAUUCCCUGGCGAAUUUCUGACAUCCCAACAGGAUGGCUAUUUCGGGGCGGCAUGCGAUGCUUGUGUUUACUGGGGGAGUGGAUAUUGCCUUUGGUGUCGUUCUGAUUAUCAUGGGAGCUGACGCAGUCAAUCGAUACACUCAUGGUGCAGUCGGUGUGCCCAUGUGGGCCGGUAUUGGGAUCAUUAUGGUCGGACUUGGAAACGUGGUGGCCGUCUUGACCAGUAGCAAGAAACGUAGCCGUGACUUUCUCAAUAUCAACCUGGGUGCCCUGGUACUAAACCUGACAGGAAUGAUCCUUGCUGCCUGCGUUAUCGGUUUCUUCACUUGGGGCGCCUGGACGAUCUUAGAAGCUGGUCUGACGGGUAACAGCGCAAACAUGAAUGACAAACUGAUCUCACAAUACACCACUAUCAUCUUAAUGGCUGUAAUGAUCUUCAUCUUGAGUCUGAUGGCAAUGUUCAUGGAUUGCUGUAGCUAUGCUCUCUUUGGUAACAGUGGAGACUACUAUGGGCCUCCACGCCCUCGCUACUACGAUGGCCCAUACGGACCACCACCAGCACACAUUUACAAGCCAUAGAAGGAUUCAAACCACACGCCAUCUGACAGAUUAACAUGAUGAAGUGUACCAAGAGCAAGGUGCUUCACUUCAACGCAGCCUCAGGAUUUAAGUAACAUCGACAUUAAAGCAUCCAGUUACUUGUGUCAGGAUCAUUUUAAUCCCUUAAUAUUUUUAUUGCAUUUGCUCUGUAAAUAUUUAGCUGGAAUCCUCUUGAAAUACUUGUUAAAUCAUCAUUUCUUCAAUGCAUGGGUUUUUCAAAUAUGGCCAAAAAUUAACAGCUAUUUUGAAAAACUUUUAUGAAUGUCUGAAUGGAAUGAUGAUUCUCCUGUAUAACGCUACUCAUAAUUAUGCCAUUCCCGCCAAGACAGAAGUCUAGAACUUGGUUCACACAAUAUGAGAUCAACUUCACUGGGUGUAUGUCAUUGGUAUAUCAAAACUCUAGUUAAAUCCGAAGAAAGGAUAUUUCUGAUCAAAAUAUCAUCUUCACACGUGUGAUUACUCUUAGUGUUAUCGGGAAUUUCCGGAACACUGAUCUUUUUCAUAUUUUUAUAACUUAGUUUUAGAAUAGAGUUGUGUUUUAGGAGUGAGAAACGUAUACAAAUUAUAUACAGGUUUUAUCCAAGGUACCGAGGUCAAUAAAAUGUACAGUAAAUUUGAAACAGGACUGUGAUUGACGGAUUCAGUGUAAAUGAGUCAUCCGCAAUUGACUGUCGACUUUUAAACUUAAGGAAUGGUGAUCAUUUUUACAGGACUCCAGACAGGUUUCUAUGGACUGUGAUCGAAGGAUACGGUGAGUGUAAGUGGUAGCUUUCACAGCGCAAACGUCGAGGUGUCUCAAGGAGCAAAAAAUCGCGUAUCUGAAUUUCGUAUACAUGGACUCCAAUAUUUCAAUCUUCCUAUAUGUACAGGUAUUUAAAAGCAACUUUGAGAUAGGCCUACAGGUGAUAGAAGUUGAGAUCCAGUUAAACACUUGUAAUAAUAGCAGAAUUAAGACAAAAUUCGUAUUUACAUGGUGAAUAGUAAUAUUAGGUCCUUGAGUCUUUGUAUGUCUCAUUUUGAAAUACUGCUAAAUUACAAGGUUAUUUGUGAAGUCCACAAACGACCUUAUUAUAAAAGUAUUCUCCCGUAGAACGUGUAAAUUUUUGGUUAAUUCGUAAAACUUGUUUGGAAUGGCUACGUAUAUUGAAUUUUACUUUUGGAUCGCAGAAAUGGAUAACCUACGGAUCGACAUUUCCAGCUUGAUGGACCUCAAGGACCGUGGAGAUUCAGUCGUUCUGUAAUUCACUCCGUUCCUCCUGUUUGUCUGCGAACAAAAUUUUCAUGUAAAUGCUAGACGUAACAGGAUCAGUGUAUAAUAUAUAAUGGUUUUCAAAAUGACUUCUUUGUUACUUGUAGUAAGGUGACUGGUGACAUACAUGUAUUUACUGAAUGCUAAGCGAGAAUACUCGACAUCAAACUAGUCUAAUAACAUAAAUUAAUUAAGGCGUACCCCUUUCAGCAUAGAUUACAGUCGUGGGAAAAUAUGCCGAAGACUUUACGCAUUGACACAUACACCUUAAAUACGUGUAUUGGUGUUGGAAGAGACGAAACCGAAUAUAUAAUCCCGUAAAAUAAGAAAUAAAAGGGUCCUCUGAAGAAAUGAAGAAAAAUUGUGUAGGCCUAUUUCCUCCAUCCACGCGCAUGCGCAGCAGCUUGUGAUGUGUCAAAGUGCAGUGAACAGCUACGCCUAUUUCUUUGUUAUUCUUUAUUUUGUAUCAUACUGUACUCUAGUUUUCAGAUUAGAGUGUGCGCUAAAGUA